AUGUCCACUAUACUAUCCCAAGCGAUGUACCGACGCGACAGCGAAACACCUGAGAAACCAUUCGAAAUUGACCAGGAAUCGAAUCCAGACCCCAGCCGCUCGAACAGCCCUAAAAAUAUGAAGUUUUACAAACAACUAGACGAGGACAAAACACUCUUGAACCAGGGAAAGAAGUCCUUCUGCAUCGACGCUUUACUAUCAAAACAUAUGGAACCAGAUCAGACUAUUCAGGAGAGAAUGGCACAGCAGAAGUAUUUAGCGUUAAUACAGAAUAAGAACUACAUCACCAGAUACCAAAACGACAAUUAUGACACCCAAAUUGAGCAGAAUACAAUAAGCAAAUGCCAAAAUCGGCCUCCCAGUCAAAACUUUGGGGCAGAGAGUCCAAGAUCUGGUCAAAGUAGUCCCAGAAGUGCAUCGCCAGGCUCUGAUGAUGGUAAUCGCUCGGAGAGCUACAGUCCUCCAAUUUCUCCAGGUGUCGAAGGAGGGAAUGAAGAAUAUGAUAGUUAUAGACCUGGUAUCAUCCCAAAGCCUGGUCUACUUCAGCCUCCGAUCCAAGCGCCGCUGUUCAACUACCCGCCUCCAGGGCUGAGUCUACCCCAGGCGUCCGCCUUCCACCAUCCUGGAGACAGAGUCUUGCACCAGAUGCAGCUGGAAUGGCUGGCCAGAACCGGCAUGUUCUAUCAUCGAAUACCGGAAUUGGGAGGUGCACCCCACGCCCUCCUCGGCAAGACCAGGCGUCCUCGCACCGCCUUCACCUCCCAGCAACUGCUGGAGCUGGAGAAGCAAUUCCGGAUGAACAAAUACCUGUCCAGGCCGAAGAGAUUCGAAGUGGCUACCAGUUUGAUGCUCACUGAGACUCAGGUAAAAAUAUGGUUUCAAAACCGAAGAAUGAAGUGGAAGCGUUCGAAAAAGGCGCAACAGGACACCAAGAGCAAGGAGCCGCACAUCCCGGCCGACGACAAAAACAAACAGAAGGAACCUUCCGAACACGAUAAACAACCUUCCAUCGCCGCCGACAUGACAGCUGUCAAACCACCCCCGCUACUAGACAGGGACAGAAUUAUCGCGCUAGAGCGAGAGAGAGCAAUGGCCGCCGCCAACUUUAAUUCGAAUUUGGAAAACAAUAGACGCGGGCUGGUCAUGAGCCAAGAUGGCGGCAGAGGCAUUGACAUGUUCAGGCCGUAUGUAGUAUGA